GAAAAUAUCAUGCUUCAGGGAGAGAAGACCAAAAUGGAGGCGAGUAAGAAGCACGAGGAGCAGUAUGCAUUGAAGUUGAUGAAAGAGAAGGAAGAUAAUUAUAAAGUGAUUAUGGAGCUUAAGCAAGAUUUGGAAAGAGAAAAAAAACAGUAUGAACAACGUUGCCAACGACUAGAAAUUGAAGCAAAGCAAAAUGAAGCAAGAUUGCAAGAAAGAAUAAGGGAGGUUGAACUCUUGCUAUCCGCAUCAACUAAGAGGAUAAAUGAACUCGAGGCAUUCUCUGAAUCAAAGUUCCAGAGUUGGAAUCAUAAGGAGAAUGCGUUACACAAUUUUCUUUCUUCUCAAAUACAGUCAGUAAAGAGCUUGAGAAUGUCCUCAGAAUUCAUCAAGGUGGAAGUUGUAAACUCUCAAAGUCAAUGGAGGGAAGAAAUAAGUAACAUGGGGGCUAGACUUAAAGUUUUAGCCGAUGCUGCUGAAAAUUAUCAUACAGUUCUUGCAGAAAAUAGAAAGUUAUACAAUGAAGUUCAAGAACUAAAAGGAAAUAUUAGAGUAUAUUGUCGGAUAAGACCAUUCUUACGUGGGCAAAAUUCAAGGCUAACAACGAUUGAUUACAUUGGUGAGAAUGGUGAACUUGCUCUCUUGAACCCUUCCAGGCAAGGAAAAGAUGGCCAUCGGUUGUUCAAGUUCAACAAGAUCUUUGGCCCAACUGCUACUCAAGCGCAAGUUUUCUUGGAUAUUCAACCAUUGAUUCGAUCGGUUCUUGAUGGAUUCAAUGUGUGCAUCUUUGCAUAUGGUCAAACUGGUUCUGGUAAAACCUUCACAAUGAGCGGACCAAACUUGUCCUCAAAGGAAGAUUGGGGGGUCAAUUACCGAGCUUUGAGUGAUCUAUUUCAUAUGUCCCAAGUAAGAAGAAACGCCUUCACGUAUGAAGUAGGCGUUCAGAUGGUUGAAAUCUAUAAUGAGCAAGUUCGUGAUCUGCUUUCCAAUAGUGGCUCACAGAAACGACUUGGGAUCUGGAGUAUUUCACAACCACAGGGUCUAGUUGUUCCUGAUGCAAGCAUGUUUGCAGUCAAAUCAACCUCAGAUGUCUUGGAGCUGAUGCAAUUUGGGCAAACAAACAGGGCUGUUGGUUCAACUGCUUUAAAUGAAAGAAGUAGUCGAUCCCACAGCAUUCUAACCGUUCAUGUACGAGGUGUAGAUUUGAAGACUGGCUCCACUUCAAGGGGUUGUCUACAUUUAAUAGAUCUGGCUGGAAGUGAGAGAGUUGAGCGCUCUAAAGCAACAGGGGAUAGACUCAAAGAAGCACAACACAUCAACAAGUCUCUUUCUGCCCUCGGUGAUGUCAUAUUUGCACUGUCUCAGAAAAGCGCUCAUGUACCAUAUAGAAACAGCAAACUUACCCAAGUCCUUCAGAGUUCAUUAGGUGGGCAAGCAAAGGCCCUUAUGUUUGUACAGGUUAAUCCGGAUCUAGAAUCAUUCUCGGAGACACUAAGUACCUUAAUGUUUGCUGAAAGAGUAUCUGGGGUGGAGUUGGGUGCUGCAAAAAGCAAUAAAGAGGGAAAAGAUAUUAAAGAAUUGAUUGAACAGGGGUGGGAGGGGAAUAACCCUCGUGUCAUUCUCCCGGGGUUGGGAGAGCUUCGACCUCAUUCGUCGAAACUUCUGGGUGCACAUUGCUGGUAA